CUCCGAAGGGGUGGGAGGAGGUGGCCGGCAGCCUGAUCCCUGCCCCUGGCAGUGCUCGGGAUGCCUGGUAACCUGCAGACAGCGACCCGGACCCUGCUCCUACUCCUCCUUGCCGCUGGCUGGGUAGAAUCACAGGCCUGCACGUUCCCAUGCCAGUGUCCCUCCCAGGCUCUGCAGUGCCCUGCGGGUACCAGCCACGUGUGGGAUGCCUGUGGCUGCUGCAAGGUGUGUGCCCAGCAGCUGGGCGAGCUCUGCUCCUUGCACAGGCCCUGUGACCAUCACAAGGGACUCUACUGUGACUUCUCAAAAAUCAACAGAGGCAGUGGGAUCUGCUUAGCUCAUGAGGGUGCGACAUGUGACCUGCUGGGCAAGAUCUACCUCAACGGGGAGAGCUUCCAGCCCACGUGCAAGCUGCAGUGCAUCUGCAUGGACGGGGCCAUCGGCUGCAUCCCACUCUGCUCCGAUGACCUGCGCCUGCCGUCCCCAGAGUGCCCCAACCCCCGGAGGGUGAAGUUCCACAACAAGUGCUGUGAGGAGUGGGUGUGUGAGGAGGGCAGCGAGGAUAACCGCUUUGGAACAGCCAUGGCAGUUUUCAGGGAGGAUCCCGCUCACAAGCCGGAGCUGAACAACCUGCAGGAGAACUGCCUGGUGCAGACCACAGAGUGGAGCAUGUGCUCCCGGAGCUGCGGAAUGGGCAUCUCCACCCGUGUGACCAACAACAACCCCCAGUGCCGCCUGGAGAAGGAGACCCGGCUCUGCAUGGUCCGGCCCUGCAACUUCUCCAUGGAAAAAACCAAGAAGGGGAAGAAGUGUGUGCAGACCCCAAAGCAGCGCCAGAGCCUCCACUUUGAGUUUUCGGGAUGCACCAGCACCCGCUCCUACCGGCCCCGGUUCUGUGGCAGCUGCUCGGAUGGGCGCUGCUGCACCCCGUUCCUGACCAGCACCAUGGACGUGGAGUUCCGCUGCCCCGAGGGGGACUUCUUCCAGAGGAAGAUGAUGUUCAUCAAGAUGUGCUCCUGCCACUACGACUGCCCCCGAGACAAUGACAUCUUCCUGGCCACGUAUCACCGUUGGAUGAUCGGAGACCACAUCAAGAUUGAGCAGCAAUAGCCUUGUAUUGCCAGAUCUGAGGUGUGCAGGAGGACUCUGCAGUGCUUUUGUGGCUGCGUCCUGGCCAAUGCAGCCUCUUCCCUUUCUGUGAGGGGCUGUGCCUUCCACAGCAGCACCGUUCACACCAGUGGUCCCUGUGGUUUUCCCAACGAGCUGAGGGAGGAGCCCCAGCUGCCCCAGCCCCCUGACUCCCACCCACAGUGGUGCAAAGGAACCAGAAACAGGCUUGAGCUACAGACUUGUCCCUCUGGCCAGAAGGGAUAGUGGAUCAAAGUCAUGUGGCUCCCGCCUGUCUCCAGCCCAGAGCACAAUUCCUGAUUCAGAUUCUGAGAAUACUUCCAGCAUUAACUGGGGGUGGACCAGUCUGCCAGACCUGUGUCCCCUGAAGGUGCUGCUCUGGGCAGCUUUUAGUGCCUUGAUGAGCAUUUCAUAGAACCAUGGAGUAGUUUGGGUUGAAAAGCACUUUAAAGCUCAUCUCGUUUCAACCUCCUGCCAGGGACAGGGACACCUUCCACUAACCCAGGCUGCCUCAAGCCCCAUACAGUCUGGCCUUGGACACUUCAGGGAUGGUGCAGCCACAGCUUUUCUGGCAAUCUGUGCCAGGGCUUCACCAGCAUCACAGGAAGGAAUUUCUUCCUAAUCUUGUCAGAAAUGGCUCUGGGGUGAGAGAGAGACUGAACCUCACAAGCUCACACAUGCACAGUGAGGCUGCAAUUGUUUCAGCUCUGGAGUCUUUGCUCUGGAUGUUUGUAAGUAGGAGGAACACUGUUCAACUCCAGUCUCCCUGGAGAUUUUAAGGUACUGGCAAGAGAAAUUCUCCUAUUUGUAAAUGGAGCAGAUCCCUUCUGGAGUUACUGGGGCAAUGCCAUGGGGAGCUCUUGGCACAGGUGUCUCCAGCAGUGGGAUUUCCUCCUGGCCACAGACCUGGGAGAGUCUCUCUGCCAGGAGAGGACCCCAUUGCCAGCCCACAGCUCCAGGAAAGACCACCAGCAGCCAGUGUCAGUGUUAUGUCCAGCAGCACAUUGGCAGCUUUGUGGGACUGCUAAGGUCUUGUCAGGUGUGGAAAAAUCUUCUGAUUUUUAGCAGAAACAUCCAGGUACAGGACCUGAUGCUGGUUCUUAAGUCAUCCUUGCCUAUCACCAUUGGAAGUCAUGAAGAAUUUCUGUUCCAGCCAGGCAGGAGCAGUAGCCCCAAGGCUUCACCUCACCAUAUCUUCCUACUCCAAAUUAGAGCCUGUUGCGGUGCGUUUUGAGGUGGGGGCACCCCGGGG